AAAGGUUAGACUUACUGCAAUUGAUCUAGGAUUCUAAAUUCAGGUGGUGGUUCCUAACCAAAAAUCAACAACAGUUGAACAUAAUCACAUAAUAUCUAUGGUUUAAACAUGGAUCAAUUUGAGCAUAUAAAUAAAACAGCAGAGACAGAUUCUUCAAGGAAAAAGAAAACUAGAUGCUGCGAUGGAUUCAAGAUAUUCUUUGCAGCUCUGUCAUUUACCUACAUUUGCAAGACAUUAGGUGGAGUCAUUAUGAAAACAUCCAUCACUCAAAUAGAAAGGAGAUUUGACAUAUCCUCUUCUGUUGCUGGUUUAAUUGAUGGAGGCUUUGAAAUUGGAAACUUGUUUGUGAUCGUGUUUGUCAGUUACUUUGGAUCCAAACUACACAGACCGAAGAUAAUUGGAAUAGGUUGUGCCAUUAUGGGAGUCGGAAGUAUUAUGACUGCUUUGCCUCAUUUCUUCAUGGGAUAUUACAGGUAUUCUACAGAAACCCAUGAUAAUGCAUCAGAGAACUCAUUAUCUACUUGUUUAACUGGUGAAACGUCAUCACUUACUGAAACACCAACUGAAAUAGUGGGAAAAGGCUGUGAGAAGCAAUCUGAGUCAUACAUGUGGAUCUAUGUCCUAAUGGGUAACAUGAUUCGUGGAAUAGGGGAAACCCCUAUAGCACCACUGGGAAUUUCUUACCUUGAUGACUUUGCAAAAGAAGGGCAAUCCUCUGUUUAUUUAGGUAGUCUGAAUUCACUAGCAGUUUUUGGCCCAAUCUUAGCCUUCACAAUGGCAUCUGUGUUUGCUAAAAUGUAUGUGGAUGUUGGAUUUGUUGAUCCAAGCAGCAUCAGAAUAACCCCCCAGGAUGCCCGUUGGGUUGGUGCUUGGUGGCUUGGUUUCCUUGUGUCUGGACUACUCUCCAUUAUUUCUUCCAUACCAUUCUUUUUUCUCCCCAAAAAUCCAAAUGAACCCCAGAAAAAAAGAAGGAAAGUUUCAACAUCUUUGCAUGGACUCAAAACAGAUCAAGAAAAAAAGCAAACAGCUAAUUUGACCAAUCAUAGUCAAGACAUUACUCUGACUGGUUUUUUAAAGUCCAUGAAAAGCCUCCUUACCAAUCGCCUAUAUGUUUUGUAUGCGAUUUUCACAUUGAUAAAUUUCAGCAGUAUCAUUGGUUCAUUUACUUAUAUCUUCAAAUACAUAGAACAACAGUUUGGUCAGACAGCAUCUCAGGCUAAUGUUCUUUUGGGACUGGUAGCCCUACCUCAUAUUGGAGCUGGAUUGUUUCUAGGAGGAUACCUCAUUAGAAAACUGAAAUUAACCAUAGUUGGAAUUGUCAGAUUUUCAUUAUUUACUUCAUGCAUUGGCUUCAUUGGAUAUGUACUAAAUUUUGCUCUAAUGUGUGAAAACAAAUCAGUUGCUGGCUUAACAUUGACUCAUGAUGGACUUAAUCCGGUUACAUCUCAUACAAAUGUACCAUUAUCUUACUGCAACUCAGACUGUAAUUGUGAUGAAAGUCAAUGGGAACCAGUCUGUGGGGAAAAUGGAGUAACUUACCUGUCACCUUGUCUAGCAGGAUGCACUUCUAGAAGUGGCACUGGAAAGUUUGCUGUGUUUUAUAACUGUAGCUGUCUCGAAGUAUCUGGUUUCCCCAGCACAAAUUAUUCAGCCCGUAUUGGUGAAUGUCCAAGAGAUGAUGGUUGUAAACGUUACUAUUACAUUUAUAUAAGUGUGCAAAUUGUGUUUGCUUUUAUCUCAGCAUUGGGAAGCACUGCACAUACGAUAAUAAGAAUGAGAAUUGUUAAACCUGAUUUGAAGGCACUUGCAGUGGGUUUCCAUUCACUGGUUUUUCGAACACUAGGAGGAAUUCUAGCUCCAAUAUAUUUUGGGGCCAUGAUUGAUAGAACAUGUUUAAAGUGGUCCACCACCAGCUGUGGAACCCGAGGGGCCUGUAGAAUCUAUGAUACAGUAUCAUUUGGAAAUUACUACUUGGGUUUAAGCGCAUUCCUAAAAUUUGUAGGAAUUGCUUUAAGUUUUUUAUUUUUUUAUCUCGUGAAGAAGAAAUAUGGAGUAAAAGAUGGCAACGCAUUUGAAAAUGGAGAAAAAGAUACUAAUGAAGUGAACUUAGAAUCCUCAAAGAACAACGAAUGCUUUGUACCUUCUGCAACAGUGAAAGAAACACAUAUUUAAGGGAAGAAAAAAAUACUUUUGAUGUUUCCAAAAAACAGUAUGUUGAUUUGGCAAUGUGCUGUUUUUUUAGUUCCUGGUCAUUUGACUGAGAAUUCCCACAAAGUACAAUGAUAGAAAAACAAAUAAGUUUAUCAUGAAAGAAACAAUAAAGUAAAAGGAAUGGGAAAUAGUGUUAGGGGGUUGCUAGGCACUUGUGGUUAAUAUUGUAAUAUAUGAUAGGUGUAAAUAUAAAAUGAGAGAUCUAGCUAAUGUGUAACAGAAGAAAAAAUAUUUGCUCAAUUAAUUGUGACUCAAUAAGCUCAGUGACUAGAAAAAAUAGAGGUGAAACAAAAGGUGAGAAAUUUGUAGCAUAAAUAAGAAAGAAAAGCCUGCUGUCUUAGCCAAGAAAAACUGCAUAGUUCUAUUCUAGCCUGAAGUCUAACAUGAUGGUGGGUUCCUGUAAUCUUAACAUGUACUAUUUAUGUAAUUCAUACAUUUCACAGACCUCAUUAAUUGAAAGUUUGAAGUUGUAUUUGACUAAUGAACAAGGGGCACCUUCUUCCAAUAAAACUCUGCUGAAGGAAUUGAGAUAUUGAAAAAUGUGCAAGCUUUAAUUAUCAGAGAACAUUUUAAAAAUGUAAGCAUCUAUCAGAGGCAUGGAUAUCAACUAAGGCAAACUAACUUUGACAUCAGAAACAAAUAUUAUUUAAUAGACACGUUUUCAUUUUAUUCAUUUGUUCUCUGGAAAAUGUGAAGUCUAUACCAGAUACAGUAUGAGCUAUCAUCCAUCUGUUUUAUUUGUUUGUUUGUUUCUUCAUUCAUUUACUUUGGUGAAAAGAAAACCUGUCAUUCAUAUUUCUAUCAGAACAAGAAGUAUAGUCAACGAGAACAGAUCUUUUAAUGUUAUACUUUCUUGUGCUGCUGAGUAUAUUACAAUGAAUUCUAGAGGUUCAUUCUCAUUGUCUGAAAAGUUUUUACGUCUUGUUUGCAACAGGAUCACCUGUAAAACCAAAGAAAAUUGCAAUAGUAGUUCCAUCCCAGCCAUUUUUACUUAAAACAUGUAUAGCGCACUGUGGACAAAGCAAAUGAGAAACUUUGUAAUGAUAUGAGCGCUUGACUGAAGACAAAGUACAGGUCAGGAAAACAUAUAUGUGAGUAGAACAAUGUCAUGAAUGCUUGCUUGAAGCUAGGAAUUGUUCUGGAAGUCAUACAUAUUAACCUAUUUUCAGACUAUAGACCUGAGAAAAGAUUUACUAAUCAAACAGGAAUUUGGAACAAAAAUGUUACAUGCUAGGUUAAUUUGCAUCACAUAAAAGAUGUUAUACCCGAUAGGCAGGUAUGUGAUAUUAUGUCUCAUUAAAAACAAAUAGAAAAGAAAAAUAAAUAAAUAGGAAAACUGGAGCUGUUUUUAAAAAUAUUACCAAGAAAAAAGACAACCUCUUAAAUGUUUAUUUAAUAAUUAUUGAACACUAGCUAUUUGUCAGAUGGAAUGUGAAGAGAAAAUAUAAAAGUAAAACUGACACUCCUAUGUUAGAAUAUUUUUAAAGGGGAAGAUGGACAUUAACAUUAAAUAUGAAAUAUUAUAAAAGAAUAAACUUACAAAUAUGGUAUAGUCACUGUAAGAAAGAGGAACAUUACCUUUUUUUGCUUUUUUUUUUUUUUACCUACUGCAUAACCCCAGAAUCCAUAAAAAUGCUAAUCAUUAAUCCAGUGACAUUUUGAACUAGAAAAAUAGCACAUAAAUUCAGUACAAAUGAAUAUGGUCAGGCAAUUUUGUAAGGAAUUAAAAUAAGGUAAGCACAUAAUGAAAAUGUAUAUUGAGUAAGGUUAAAAUAAGACAAUGACUGCAAAUAUCAAAUCACUGAUGACAUUAAAUUUAAAUUCUCAAACUUGAAAAGGUGAAAGAAAAAGAUACUCAAUUUGUGAAAGGAUUUACAGGGAAAUCUAACACACCAACCUAAGAAAUAUGAAAUUCUUGAGAAAAAAUUGGAAUUGGAAAAGAACUAUUAGUCAAAGACACAAUGGAAGAAUGGAUUCCUCCUCUGGAAAAAGAUGAACCUACUGACCAGGCUGUUUGUACCCCAUCUCCCCACCUCCAUCUGUUUUUUGUGCAAUGAACCCUUUACCAUACUCCUUCUUUUUCCUGAAAUGUUCUUUGUUUUCUCCAUUUAAAUAUUUUUCAGUGUUCACAUCACCCUCCUUUGAAUUUUUAAAAUUUCAUCACUUGUUAAAAUUUUAUUAUAUCCAUAGCAACAUAGCACUUAUUAGAUGGUAAUAUGGUUGAGUUAUAAUCUUACAUAUCUUUAUGAUUAUUGGAAAAGUAAAUGCUCUUUCACUUUUCAUAAGUUCCAUGAAAUAGAAACUGAAUUUGUUUUUACACAUUGAAUACAGAUAGAUAGGUAGAUGGAUGAUAGAUGAUAGAUAGAUUAUAGAUAGAUGAUAGAUAGAUAGGUAGAUAGAUGAGAUAAACAUAUAGGUAAUAGAUAAAAUGAUAGAUACUACUGAUUAGGGAGAGAGAGAGAUAGAGACAGAGCUAGAGAUGGAGAGAAAGAAAGAGAGAGAGAGAGAGAGAGAGAGAGAGAGAGAGAGAGAGAGAGAGAUAUUACCUAAGGGAAUCCAUUCAAGGACUUACAAAGGCCUGAGAGGUCUCAAGCCAUCUGCAAAGCUGGAGACUCAUAUGUCAGUGGCAUGGCUGGUCCUAUGCUCAAGGCUUCAGACCCAGAGAGUAGGUGGUGUACUCUUCAUUUGAAACUUAAGAUCUGAGAAAGGUGGAAGUCCUCUGUUAUAAUCCCAAAGUCAUGUUUGAGGGCAAGAAAAGUAGGGUACUCCAGCUCCAGGAGAAAAGAGAGAGAGAAAGUUUGCCUUGCCUCUGCUUUUUUUUCUAUCCAGCACCCUACACAAUUAGAUAGUACCAUGUUAAGAGGAUCUUCCCAUUCAGUCUAUGACUUCACAUGUGAAUGUCAUCUGGAAACACCCUCACAGAUACAUCCAGAAAUGAGGCAUUUCUACUUCUCUAGAUAUAUCUUAAUCUAGUCUGAUUGAUAGAAAAAAAUCAACUAGCACAUCCAUUUAAUUCCUAGCAUCUAGCUUGUUGCCCAUCACAGAGUAGGUGCUUUAUUUAUUAGUUUUGAAACAAUGAAUGAAUGAGGACAUGGAUAUGCAAAUUCCAAAAAAGCAGCAUAUAAAGUAUGAAUUCUACAUACAAACAGCAUAACAUGUUAAAAUUAAAAUAGCUACAAUAAAGUCAUGAAGUGCUGUGAUUAUUUCAGGUGUUUGGAAAACGUCUUUAUUGUGAAAAUUUAAAUUGUAGAAAAAGAAAAAUAUCUUUGGAUUUAAAUCGAUGUGCUAAUGUUGAAAAAUUUUUAGAAAAAAGAAUCUUUUCCUACUUGGUGAGCUCACAAAUGAAGUGAAGACCUAGACAUAUAAUAUGAUAAAUAUAAUAUAAUGAAUACUAUAGUAGAAUAAAACUAUUGAUGUUCAUUUAGAGGGACCAUGAUCAUCUAUUUCAAAUUCAAUAUGUGUACUUCUGGAGACUUUACCAAAAUAAAGUGAUUGAUAAUGAUAAA